UUAACUUCUAGAACAGCUUAUAUAAGAACAACAUCUGUGAUGUCAAUGAUUGGUUAUGUUUUGGGUUUGGGUGAUCGCCACGGAGAAAACGUCCUGUUAGAUUCAUCUUGUGGAGACGUCGUCCACGUUGAUUUUAAUUGUCUUUUUAAUAAAGGCGAAACUUUAGAAUGGCCGGAAAGAGUUCCUUUUCGAUUAACACACAACAUGGUAUCCGCGAUGGGUCCUUUAGGAAUCGAAGGAAUUUUUAGGAAAUCUUGCGAGUGCACUUUAAAGGUGUUACGCGAAAAUAAGGAGACUUUAAUGUCGAUUGUAACUCCGUUUGUUUAUGAUCCGUCGGUUUCUUGGUCUUCGAGGAACGUUCCUUUGGCUGGAACUUCAGAACAAACUAAUAAAGAGGCUGUGCGUAGUGUAAAAAAUAUAGAAUUAAGAUUAGAAGGAAUCGUUCGUGGGAGAGGAAACACAAUGUCGAUUCCUUUAUCAGUUGAAGGCCAAUCGAAUACUAUUAUUCAAGAAGCGAUGAAUGUGGACAACCUUUGUCAAAUGUAUAUAGGAUGGGGAGCUUAUCUUUAAGGAUUAAUGUAUUGUAAACAUUUUUUUUUUGAUGUUUUUGAAUUAACAUUUUUCAUGGAUUUUUAUAAUAUAAACUGUUUAACAAAAAUAACUUUUAAUU